AUGAUGGAGACAGCUGAAGAAGAUCACGAACAAGAUGUUGUUACUUCAAGUUUAUCACCUAAUUUAGUUAUUGAUAGUCUCGAUAAGUUUCUUGAUAAACAAGAAAAUGAACGUGUUUUAACACCUGAAUUAGAACAAAUUCUUGUUCAAAUUGCUAAAACCGGUUAUUCAUGUUAUCCGUGGGAAAAAAUAAAACCAUUAUUUCUUCAAAAAUUAAAUAUUGUUCUUAAUGAAUUUAAUACAGAAUCUAAUAUGGAUAAAUUAGAAAUUCAUCCAAAUGUUGAUCGAUCAACAUUCGAAGAUUUAAAAUGGGAUAUUAUUGAAAGAAUUAACUCAUUUGAAAAUACUCCGUUUACUAUUCAACGUUUAUGUGAAUUAAUACUUUCACCACGAGCAAAUUAUCGACGAACAGAUAAAUUUAUACGUGGUUUAACUAAAUGUGUUUCGGUAGUAACAACAAUUGACAAUGAAGGAAAUAAAAUUUAUAUUGAACCAACUCGAAAUGGUUUAACAUCUUCAACAAUAAUGGAAUCAUCGGAAACAUCUACAAAUUCUCAAAUAACAAAUGGUUUUGCUUUUCCACAUAUUAUAAAUGAUAAUGAUUCAAUAACAAUAGAAAGUCAAGCUGGCUCAACAACAAAUACUCAAUUAGAUGAUGAAAUGGAACAAGAUAAUAAUGAUAAUGAACAAGAUGAAGAUGAAGCUGAAGAAGAAGAAGAAGAUAAACCAUCAUCAUCAUCAUCACCACCACCAAAUCUUACUGAUGAAAAUAGUAGUUCAAGUAAUAGCAAUUCAACACCAUUACCAUCAUCAUCAACAGAAGAUAUACUUGAAUAA